UCAGUUUAUAACUCAAACUCAAGACAACCACAACACGAUACACUUUUAAACGUUGCAUAAAAACAUAAAAUAUGAAAAAUAUUUUCCAAUAUUGAAUAAAAUAUAUUCUUUACAUCAUACACAAAACAUAAAAACCACAAAAAAAUACACUACACGACCGAAGGAGAAGCGCAUAUUGAAAUUGCAAUAAACAAGUCAAGUGGCUAAACCAUCUGAAAUAAAAUAGAUUCGCACAGCAGGGCAAAAGCUUCAAAUACAAAUAAAGAAAUAUGUCAAAUUUAGAUGCAUCCAUGGACACUAUGGAACACAGUCGUUUUUCCGCCAUUUAUGGUCCGGUUAUCAAGAAACUGACGGCCUGUACUGAACUGAACACUCAGGAAGUUACUUGCCUGAUGUUGAUCUAUUACAAGUUCGUGAAGAUGAACGGUCCUUUGGCGAGGAAAAUGAUGAAGAAGCAAAUGUACCAAGUAUUCCUGUCACUCUUCAAUGUGGGCAGUUUUAAAGUGGCUGAGCGCACUUUAAACACAAUAACCAAGGAUGUAAAGUACAUAAGUCCAGAGGCAUGGAUUUCGCUUUUUGAAAUUUUCACAACCAAUAACCUAGAAAUGCGUAUGCGCUUUGCCUUCGCGGUUUACAAUACUAAGGGCACUGACGUUAUUGAUCGUGAACAAGUGGGUGUGGCUUGCGAAGCUUUCUUCCAUGGAGAUGACGAGGAAGAAGUCAAUGAGCUCAAAUUGGAUAUGACAGAGUUCAUAAUGAAAAAGUUCGACCUGGACAAGGAUGGUGUUAUCUCAUAUGAGGAUUAUUCGACAGUUGUAACCCGACAGCCCGUUCUGGUCGAUUUCCUGGGAUACUUGUUCCCACCUAGAGACGUCAAGAACCUCAUGGCCCAUUGUAUAAACUUUGAUACGAUACUUUCCAGUCUAAUUAUGUAGCUAGAUGUAUGUCUAUAUAUAUCUGUAUGUAUAUAUGUAUUUAAUAAAUAUAUUUCAAAAGAGAUAUAGUUUUUUAAGG